AUGAACGCUUCUAUUGUUAACGGUACAGGGAUUUCCUAUUUGGAAUCUUCUAUUGAACCAACUAUUAAACUGACUAUAAAACCAACUUUAUUUGAAGGUAUUCCAGAUGGUGUUGUUGCUAUUAUAGCUCCUGUUAUUGCUUAUUGGUUAUUUUCUGGUAUGUUCCAUUUAAUCGAUACCUUUGAAUUAGCUGAAAAAUAUAGAAUUCAUCCAAAGGAAGAUGUUAACAAAGCUAAUAAAGCUUCUCGUAUUGAAGUCCUAAGAGAAGUUCUAUUACAACAUGUUGUUCAAUCUUUAGUAGCUUAUAUUAGUUAUAAAUUUGAUCCAAUACCAAUGACUGGAUUUGAAGAAAAUGGUAUUUGGAAUUUAAAGAAAUCUCUUUAUUCUUUAUUCUCUCGUUAUAAUAUUCCAUUUUUCAUUAAUGAUCAAACUAUUGUAUUUUUAUACAAUUAUGGUACUUCAUUUUUAAAAUUAACUUUUUGUUUCCUUUUUGUUGAUACUUGGCAAUUUUUCUUACAUAGAUUAAUGCAUUUAUCUUCAACCCUAUAUUCAAAAUUCCAUUCUGUUCAUCAUAGAUUAUAUAUCCCUUACGCUUAUGGUGCUUUAUACAAUGCUCCUGUUGAAGGUUUCUUAUUAGAUACUUUAGGUACUGGUAUUGCAAUGAAUUUAGCAUUUUUAUCUCCACGUGAACAAAUUAUUCUUUUCGUCUUUGCAACAAUGAAAACAAUCGAUGAUCAUUGUGGUUACGUUUUACCAUUAGAUCCAUUCCAAUUGUUUUUCCCAAAUAAUGCUGUUUAUCACGAUAUUCAUCAUCAACCAUUUGGUUUAAAGACAAAUUUUGCUCAACCAUUUUUCACAUUCUGGGAUGAAAUUUUUGAUACUAAAUUUAAAGCAAUGGAUAAAGAAUUCGAACAUGGUAAGAAAGUUAAUAUUCAUGAAUAUAAACAAUUUUUAUCAAAUAGAGAAACUGAAAGAUUAGAAAAAAUUAAAAAAUUUAAAGCUUCUCUAGAAAGUGUCGAUGAUGAAAAAAAAGUUGAUGAUGAGAAGAAGAAAGAUAUGUAA